AUUUAUUAUAUACGACACCCUCUUAUAUAAACAUAAGCCUUCACUGGUGCACUGGUGUGCUAUUUCAUUCUAGUGGCUCAAGAAAUAGGUUAAGUUUCGAGCUGAAAAAAGAUGGACGGUGAUAAACAAAAAUGGAUCAUCCGAAUGAAGCCAUUGAUUGCUGUUGUGUUCUUACAGUUUGGACUUGCAGGUAUGGAUGUUCUAUCCAAGGCUGCACUGAACAAGGGAAUGAGCAAUUAUGUUUUCGUCGUUUAUCGCCAUGCUGUUGCUUUCGUUGUCAUAGCACCUUUCGCGGUGAUCUUGGACAAGUAUAUUAAUUUCUCUCUUCCCUCUGUGUGUGUGAAAGUAAGGCCAAAGAUGACAUUUUCAAUCUUCAUGAAGAUAGUGGCGCUCAGCGUACUAGAGCCAGUUAUUGACCAGAAUUUAUAUUUUUUGGGAAUGAAGUACACAACUGCUACCUUUGCCGUUACCAUGUACAAUAUCCUUCCUGCCAUUACCUUCAUGAUGGCUUGCAUACUCAAGCUUGAGAAGAUAAAAAUGAAAAGUAUACGAAGUCAAGCAAAGGUGGCUGGGACUUUAGCCACUGUUGCGGGUGCCAUGGUCAUGACACUGAUAAAAGGCCCAGUACUUGAGCUUUUUGGGAAACACGGAAGCAAUAGCCACAACCAGAAUAGUGGCGGGGCAAAUCUGCAACAUGCAAUAAAGGGAUCAGUGAUGAUCACAAUUGGCUGCUUUAGUGCCGCUUGCUUCAUGAUUCUCCAAGCUACUACCCUUGAAACCUACCCUGCUGAGCUCUCUCUUACAGCAUGGAUAUGCCUAUUGGGAACAAUUGAAGGUGGCAUAGUGGCCCUGGUUAUGGAAAGGGGUAACCCGUCAGUAUGGUCUCUGAAUUGGGAUACAAAACUGCUGGCUGCUGUCUACAGUGGCAUAGUUUGCUCAGGAAUGGCUUAUUACAUCCAAGGAGUAGUGAUGAAAGUUAGAGGCCCAGUCUUCGUAACAACUUUUAAUCCCCUCUGCAUGGUCAUCGUGGCUAUCAUGGGCUACUUCUUUCUGGCUGAGCAAAUGUACCUUGGCAGGUUGGUUGGUGCUAUUGUCAUUAUUUUAGGGCUGUAUCUUGUGGUGUGGGGUAAAAGCAAAGAUUACGACUCACCAAGUCCAACUAUUAAAGAAAAUAUAUUGCCGGCUAAGCAAACUGUAGAUGAGAGCAACGGCAAAGAGGAGGAUUCUAAUUACGAGGUCAUCACUCUCAAUAACUCUGGUGCGGGAAACAAAGAUCGAGAUGAACAAGUAUGAGGAAGCAUACUAAAUUUAAUCUAAAUUUCAACUUCAAUGCACUGUCCAAACGCCUAUUUAACAACAGCAACUACAUAGGUUUCUAGUUGUUCGAUCCUCUUCAAUUAUGAUGUAAUAGUAGAGGUUUUUCAUGUAAUAGUAUGGUAUGUCAAUAAGACAAGAAAAAUACCAACAAAAGAAGAGGGUUCAACUUUGAAUAUACAUUAUAUUGAU